AUGGCUUCUCAAAGCAGACAUGCUCCAGCCCUGGUGUCUCCGGCUGAUACCAGCAAUGCAUUACUUAACUUGUACUUCGCCUCGGAAGCUAAGAAUCUUCCAAUUCCUCGAUUCAAUCCUUCGCAAAUGAAUGUCACUCGUUGGCUCCAAAAGUACAAGGAUGCUACUGACGAUAUUGCCAUGAACAAUGCUGCCAAGAGUCGUUACCUUUCUUACUACUUACCUCGGCAGAUUUCCGAUUGGCUCUACUAUUCUUCAACAUCCCACGACUUCGAUAGUCUUUGUGCCUUGCUCAUCGAUACGUAUGGUGUUGAUCCUGCUGCUGAUGCCAAUCGCCUACAUAAAGAGCUCCAAUGUCUUAAGCAAGAUACAAUGCCGAUUCGCCUCUUUCGCGUCAAGUUUGAAACAAGCGUCCAUUCUUUUCCAGAGGAAUUGGUGUCACCAUUGCUGUAUGGGUUGACCGAUUGGACUCAAGUCUAUGAACGUGCCGUUUUUCAUGAGGAUCGUCUUUCUCGUCGUCAACAACAACCAGCUCCUACCUUACAGCAAACGCCUCUCCAGAAUGAUACGGCUACUCCAGCCUUCAAUGACCCGAUGGAGAUCGACUCCCUGGAUUAUACACGUCGCAGGCAACAAAGGCGUCCUCGCAACAACAAUGGUGGUAGACAACGCAACUCGCACCGUUCCUCUGAUCGUCAACAAUCGUUUCAGUCGUCGCGUUCCAAGAAUGUUGAUCCUAUGCGACGUUGGGCUGCUCAUGGUGUACCGAUUUGUGGGCAUUGUAACCAAACGGGUCACCUCACCAAAAAGUGUUAUAAGAAGCAACAAGUGAAUGCGCUUUCGCAAUCGUCUUCAACGUCACCAGUUGUUUCUUCCGCUGACAAGUCAUCCAAUCAGCCUCAAGCUCCUUCACAUAUUAUUUGUGCCCUUACCAAGUUCUCGGUGCCAGGGGUUUCCUAUUCUGGUCCUCGCGUAUCAUGCAUGAUUCAAAAGCAUGGUAUUCAAGCACUCGUUGAUACUGGUGCCAGCAUUUCAGCCAUGUCCGCCGAACUUGCUUCCUCUCUUCAGCUCACGCCUACAGGCAAUCCCAUCUCAUUUACGACUGCUGAUGGUAAAGCAACUUCGUCGUUGGGCAUUGUUACUACUCGUGCUCUUAUUGCCAGUAUCCCAAUCAACAUCACCUUCCAUGUCAUCAAGGAGCUCUCGCAUGAACUUAUCCUUGGCUAUCCAACGUUGCGUUCACUCAAUGCCGUUAUCAAUACUGGAUCUGACAGCAUCUCUUUUGUUCCUCCUCACAAUGAUCGUAUUGUUUCACGUCCUGUCUCUAUUCGUGCAAUCAAUAAAUUGCAGCUUCCUGCAUACUCGCAUGCCUACAUUGAUGUCUCUGGUCCUUGCAAUACUACAGCUUUUCUUUCGACUCCGGCAAAUCAAGUCGCUCAACACCUUUGUGCUAUCGCCACUAGUUUUGUUCAAUUUUCUUCUUCUGGUCAUGCUGUGGUAAAGGUGGCUAAUCUCAACAAUCGUCCUACUCGGCUUCAGCCUUCACAAGCGGUUGCUGUUGCUGAAAUUGUUGAACCAGCUUCCAUCCAAACCACCACAUCAACCACAACUUCACACUCCAAGCCUACUCCUGCACCAUCCGAAGAUGAUCUCAAUCAAGUUAUUGAUCCUUCUGUUUCCGAUCCUGAUCGCGUGGCUACAGUAUGCGCACUAUGCUUUCGGAAUUUUUGGAUUGCUUCCAAUCAACGGCAUCCUCAACAACUCACGCCAUCCAACAUCACAUCGACACAGGCUCUUCUCGUCCCAUCUCAUCACCUCCUCAUCGCACUUCGGCUGCUGAAAAUGAUCUUAUCAGUGAUCUUGUGGAUGACAUGCUUGCGCAAGAAGGAUGGAACUCCUCGCUUUUGUGUUGAUUACCGCAAGCUCAAUGCCGCCACUACUCGUGAUGUUUAUCCUCUUCCACGUAUCGACGACACUCUCCACAGCCUUGGUUCAUCUCGUGUCUUCUCAACUCUUGAUCUUACUGCAAGCUAUUGGCAAGUUGAGCUUGAUGAUGAAAGCAAGCCUAAGUCUGCAUUUGUGUGCCGUCGUGGUCUCUUCGAAUUUGUUCGCAUGAGUUUUGGUUUAUGCAACGCACCUUCCACUAUUCAACGCCUUAUGGAUUCAGUCUUGGCCGGGUUGAAAUGGCAAAUUUGCCUCGUCUAUCUCGAUGAUAUUAUCAUCUUCUCUCAUUCCUUUCAACAACAUUUACAUGACCUUCGCCUUGUCUUUUCUCGCCUUCGCCAAGCUCAUCUCAGCAUUAAUCUCAAGAAGUGCCAUUUUGCAAGCAAGGAAAUCUCCUACUUGGGUUAUCGUAUUACUUCUGAUGGCCUCAAGACCGAUCCUGCAAAGAUCCAAGCUGUCUCUGCUUUUCCACGUCCAACCAAUCCUGAUACUUUGCGCUCUUUUCUUGGUCUUGCUGGUUAUUAUCGUUCAUUCAUCCGUGGAUUUUCGACUAUUGCUUCACCUCUCAACGCUCUCUUACAUAAGGAUGCUUCCUGGCAAUGGUCUUCCCAACAUGAACAAGCUUUUCAAGCUCUCAAGACUGCCUUGGUCACUACUCCUGUUCUUUGUUAUCCGGAUUUCUCUCAACCUUUUGAAUUGCAUACUGAUGGCGCUUGUACUGCUGGAAUUGGUGUUAUGCUCUGUCAACGUGAUCCUUCAAACAACCGUGUCCAUGCUAUUGCCUAUGCUUCUGGUUCCUUGUCUCCUGCUGAGAAAAACUAUGGUGUAACUGAACUCGAAGCUCUCGCUGUUGUUUGGGGUAUGAAGAAGUUCGCUCAUUAUCUCACUGGUAUGCGCUUUAUUGUUAUCACGGAUCAUCAGGCGCUACAAUUUUUGCCUCGCUCUGCUGAUUUGCGUGGUCGUCUUGCUCGUUGGGCUUUGUAUCUACAACAACAUGACUUUCAAGUUGUUUAUCGUCCUGGUCGCGCUAAUGCUGGUCCCGAUGCACUCAGCCGUUUUCCUUUACCUGACAUUGCUUCCUUAUCCUUUUCCUCUUCCCAAUCCUUUAUCCAAUCCUUCCUUUGUGGUCUUUCCUCUUCUGAUCUUGCUGCCGCUCAACAACAAGAUUCCUUUUGCCAAUCCCUUUUAUCUCUUCCAUUACCUCAAGGUUUCUCUCUCGAGUCUGGUAUCCUCUUCUUUGGCCCCCGCCCCGUGUUACCUGAAUCUUUGCGUCAAGAAGUCUUCAAGCUUCUCCAUGGACAUCCUACUUCAGCUCACCUUGGUCUUUCUCGUACUUUACAACAAUUCCAACGCCUAUAUUGGUUCCCGGAUAUGCGUACGUAUGUGGCUGAACGCAUUUGCAAUUGUUCCAUUGGUACACGUACCAAGCUAUCUCGCAAGUCUUUUGGUCACACCAACCUUGUUCGUUCCGAUCCACCUCGUCAACCUUUUGAUACUAUUGCCAUGGAUACUUUUGGUCCUCUUCCUACCUCUCAAUCUGGCAAUCGGUACAUUGUGGUCACUCAAUGCAUGUUUUCUCGCUAUGUUAUCAUUACUCCAGUCAAGGUAUGCAACACUGAUUCGGUUUCCAAUGCUUUGAUCCACAUUUUCAGCGAACAUGGAUUUCCUCGGGUUAUGCUCUCUGACAACGGUUCUCCUUAUUCGGCUUCCAUGUUACAAGUCCUUUGCAUGAAAUUGGGUAUCACACAACGCUAUUCUCCUGCUUAUCAUCCUCAAUGA